AUUCUGCCACUGUACGAAUCAGUUGUGCCAACAGCGUCCGGUGACAAACAAGAUGGCGACGCGUAUUUAAAGGGGAUCUUUCUUCGGGAGAGACACCAUCCGCCACCCUGGAAGUCAUACACCGCCCCCUCCCGCUGUCUUUCGACUGGACUGUUGUGAAAACCUCCGCCAUGUCUUCAGCUGCAGUAACCGACCGAGGUUCUGCCCGGCCAAUCCGAGGCCCCGGCGAUGGCAUGGAGACAGACGUGCCCCCAGUCGCCAAGGAGAUAGCCGCCUUGGAUAUGCCACUGGCCGCUGUGUCUCUGUUGAAAGUGGCCAGUCCUGUACUCAGUGACAAGACGGCCCUCCCUGCCCCAGCCAGCACACAGCACAGCCCCCACUCCACCCCCCAGGAGAGCCCCAGGGCCAGUCCCAAGGGCACUACGCCCUCAGUCUCCCAGCCCCCCGGGGUGCUACACCUGGGCAAGGUUUCCCGGGAGGCCUGUGUGGAGGUGGAGGCGGUCCGAAUUGUGGUUCCCCGUGCCGCUAUCAGCCGGAGGGGGGGCCGUGUGGGGCCAGCUGAGGGGAAGGGAGAAGCCGGAGCGGGGCAGCAAAUGGAGGAGCGGCCCCCUUCCCCCUCCCCUCCUCUGGAGGACCUCCGGGGAGCUUUGGAGAAGCUGCACAACUCGGAGAGAAGACUUCUGCAGGACAAGGAGGGGCUGCUCAACCAGCUGCGUGUCCAGACUGAGGUGAACCGUGAGCUGAAGAAGCUCCUGGUGGCCUCGGUGGGCGACGACCUGCAGUAUCACUUUGAGCGUCUGGCCAGGGAGAAGAACCAGCUGAUCCUGGAGAAUGAAGCUCUGGGACGCAGCCUGGCUUCCACAGCAGAGCAGCUGGAACGCAUGUCCAUACAGUGUGACGUCUGGAGGAGCAAGUUCCUGGCUUCUAGGGUGAUGGCGGAGGAGCUGACUAAUUCCAGGGUCUCCCUCCAGCGACAGACCAGAGAGGCCCAGAGCGCCAUCACCGACCUGCUGAGUGAGAGAGAGGAAUUCUCCAGAGAUAUGAGGCUCACACACCGGUCUCUGGAACAGUUGUUGGUCUCUCUUCAGUGGGGUCGUCAGCAGACCUACUACCCCAGCGCCCAGCCCCUCAGUACAGGGGAGCUGGCCGCAGCCAAUCACAAGCUGGCAGACGCUAUCAACUCCCACCUGCUGGGCAAUGUGAGGCCAGCAGGGGGCAGUGGGGGCCCUGGUGUGCGGAAGGAAAGCCAGGCCUCAGAGCUCCUCAACACAUCACACACACCUGCUGAGAAGAUGGCGGAGAAGGUGCUAAAAAUCCUGGACCCUAUUUCCUGUUUGGAUGAGGACGAAACAUCGUCCCUACCCACCUCUGACUCCUCCCCCUCUGCCUUCCUGACCAAUAAGAAGAGCAUCGGCCGGUUUCACCCUUACACCCGCUACGAGAACAUCACCUACAACUGCUGUGAGCGUUGCCGUGGCGACAUCCUGGUGCUAUAGGACCUGUUCCCACGGUCUGGAGAGUCCCAACCGUCAGGAAUUCAGGGAUGGGGUUUUUACUGCUGGGACCUUUGGCUUUCUCAAAGCUCAUUGGAGGUCAAAUCAGAGGGACGUCAGCCUUUCUUCUCCGAUGGGUUUUGAGUUGAGAAGACUGUAAUUAUGAAAACAGUGUUAUAGGAGCAGAGAAAGUGAAUCUCAAAAGGUCCCUUUCCCAUUGGCCAUUAGUUUCUUGUUCACCCGCUCAUCCGCCAUUUGCACUCCAAGCAAAUUGGGAAGGGUUAGGGGCUGGACAUUCACAAAAUUCUACUGAAGAGACACUGCUACGGAAUACGGCUUCAUUCCGUUACAAUUUUAAUUUGCAGUAAAUGUGCUAUUUAUGAAAAACGAAUCGAAUGUAUUUUAAACAGGAUGUUCUUACUUUUGAACCGUGUUUGUGAUUUGAGUUUUAUAUUUAUUUAAUUUCUGGAGUAUUGUAGACAGGAGCCAAAAUACAAUUUCAGAGUAUUUUCUGUUUAUAUUCAAAGGGUUUCUUUUUGGCCCUCCAGGACCAGAGUUAAUACCCCUGAUGUUUAGGAUCUCUGUGAUUUGCACUGGUAUGAAGAUAUUUAGGGUUAGAUCAUUUGACCUUGUUUGAGAUUUGACCAGAAAUCACAUGAGGUGUUUUCUUCAAGGCUCUCUCUCUUCCCAACGAUGUGACUGAAAACAUCAGUUUUGUUGAAUGGUUGUCAGUUUUGAAAAAUGUCUCUUUGUAAAUAUUUUUCUAAAUUCCAUGUCAGGGACUAAUAUUAAAAAUGUGUUAAACCUCUUUUUUGUAUUCCUGGUGAACUGCUGGUAUUACAUUAGAAUAAAGGGUGUAAUGCU